CGGGAUUCAUGCAUAGAAAUAAACCCGAGAGCAUCGAUUUGAAUUGUAUUCGAUUAUGCUUUCAAGUAUUUAUAGAAACAACGCAAAAUCUUAUUCCCUUACAACCUAUAGUAUCCGAACCGAUUUACGAUAAAAAAGCUGUGAGUGAUCUUAAAAUAUGUUGGCUCAGCCAUCAUUCGGCAUCGGUUACUGGUGGUACACAAAUGUGUGUUUUAUGCGAAAAAGUAUCGAAAUUAGACAUCGAAGUACGAUUUUUUCACGAGGAAAGUAAUUGGGAGGCAAUAGCCAUACUGACAAAGCCUGAAGUUUUCAGACAGGUAGCAAUUGUAUUUGAAACGCCGGAAUAUCGAACGGCUACAUGUAGUCCAGAACUCGUUCACGAACCAUUAAACGUACGAAUUGAAUUGAGACGAAUCUCGGACAAAGAAACAAGCCAAACAGUACCUUUCCAACUUUUGCCAUUAGCGUGCGUUUGCUAUGAAGCUAAUGUAUGUCAAACGUCUAUUAAGAGAAAACGAGAGAAAUAUAACGAAGGCCAUAGUGGAAUUAUUUCAAAAAAAAUACAGGCCGAAGUGACGAGAGGCGGCGACAUAUCACAGUCCAUUUAUUCCAAGCCCGUAAUUGUAAAAUCGUCUUGUGAAUUGAACGAAUUAAAAGAUGAAUCUUUCGAAUUGUCAAUGUUGGCUAAAAAUUCGGUAGAAUCAGAACCUUGGGAGCUACCACCUUUACAUCAAUCCAAUUACCCGCAACCACAAUUUUCAAAUUAUUCACAAACUCACAACUGCGUGAAUGCAUUAAUUGAUACGUCUCAGGAGAAAAAAGCAACAUUAAUUGACAACUUAGAUAAAUAUUACAAUAUUGAAUCACAAGAAAUUAAUGCACUCAGUCCUUAUCAAAAAUAUAGUUCACUGGAUACUUUAGAUUCUGAUAGUUGGAUAAAUGAUUUAUUAAGCACAAUAAAUAAAGAAGAGCAUUUAGAUAUUUUAACUGAUGAACCGACAUCUGCAAAAAACGUAACGCACAUUUCUCAGGAAGAUUUUCCAAAUUAUAACCAAAUAAAUAACAAUCUGCCCUUCACGACUAAGCAGCAUACCGAUAAUUUUAACAACCGGAACUUACUUGAAGAAUCAGAUGCCGCAGACUUUAUUAAUUUUAAUAUUCCUGAGAAAAUGUUAAAUAAUCCGGAAGAUUUCUGUUACAAUAAAGAUGAUCCUGCUCCAACGGAAAGCAAUGCGCUUACGGAUGAUAGCAUUCAAGACUUUAUAAAUUUAUUAAAUGAUUUGCCAUAAAUGUUGACAAAAAAUUAUAUAAACAAAC